CGGGGCCGGGACCCGGCGGCGGCUCCGGCGCUCCCCACACGCGGCCCCCGCGGGGCUCUGAGCUGAUGAUGGAAGAGGUGCACAAGGGUGGCAGCAGCAGCUCUGUUACGUCCCAGCCCUCAGCUGUACAAGGUACAACCCUGCAGGCAGCUCAGCUCUCUCAUAUUGCUCAACAGAUGUCUCUCAGAGGUUCUGCUCCCCUCACAGUGGUUCAGCUUCCUGGAGAGCAAGUCCAGGUGCAGGGAGUCAUUCAGACAGCUCAGUCCUCCUCUGUGAUCCACUCCCCUCAGGUGCAAACCGUGCAGGUUUCUUCCUUGUCUGAGAGUGAGGAUUCUCAGGAUUCCUCAGACAGCAUUGGCUCCUCACAGAAAGCUCGAGGCAUCUUGGCUCGUCGUCCUUCCUACCGGAAAAUUUUAAAAGAUCUUUCUUCUGAAGACACACGGGAUAGAAAAGGAGAUGAGGAAAGUCCUGGGGUCUCCACUGUCACCUCCAUGUCUGUCCCCACUCCCAUCUACCAGACAAGCACUGGACAGUACAUUGCCAUCGCAGCCAACGGGCUCCAGCUGGCAGGGCCGGGGGCAGACGGGGUGCAGGGGCUGCAGACCCUGACCAUGGGCAGUGCCAGCGGCUCCCAGGCCGGGACAACCAUCCUGCAGUACGCACAGACCUCGGAUGGACAGCAGAUCCUGGUGCCCAGCAACCAGGUGGUGGUGCAGACUGCCUCUGGGGACAUGCAGACCUACCAGAUCCGCACCACGCCCACGUCGUCCUCGCUGCCGCAGACCGUGGUGAUGACGUCCCCGGUCACUCUGACGUCCCAGAGCAGCAAGACAGACGAUCCCCAGCUGAAAAGGGAGAUCAGGCUGAUGAAGAACAGAGAAGCUGCCCGGGAGUGCCGCAGGAAGAAGAAGGAAUAUGUGAAAUGUUUGGAAAAUCGAGUGGCAGUCCUGGAAAAUCAAAACAAAACUCUCAUUGAGGAGCUAAAAACUUUGAAAGAUCUUUACUGUCAUAAAAGUGUGUAAGAAGAGAAGGUAAAAAACCUUUGGGGAACUGGUGAAAUAUCAGAGGAGAAAAUAAAUUUUUUUUUUUUUUAUACUGAAUUUUUUAAACUAGAUGAAAGGUCAAAAAAACAAAACUUUUCUACCUAGAUUUCACAGCUCAAAGACUCUCUAGAUUUUCUUUACAACACGUUGGAAAGAAGAAAACCUCACCAAAAUUCCUGCUGGCACAACUGGAAACUGAUAAAUUCAAGAUUGCAGCUACAAGUGGAAGGACGUGUGGCGAGGCAGGUGAUGAGAGUUUCUUUGAAAAUUCAAUUUUUUAUGAAUUUAUCUCUGCUAAAUGAGGUAAAAUUUGGUUAC